UGACUUGCAUCGAUUCAUCGUAUUCAUCGUUUAUUAUGGCUAUCUCGAAAUUUUCACAAGAAAAAUAAACAUAAACAGAACAAAGUUAGAACGAGACGUGUAAAGAGUGGUAGAACAACGCAUUUAAUAUAAUUGCAAAAUUGCAUUGAAAUGUUGCAAUCGCACAGCGAAAUCACAGUUCAAAGAGAUAAAAAACGAAUAUAUAAUUGUUGAGUAUGUUUGUGUACGUUGAGCAAGUGUAAUGCGUAUAAAAAUAACUGCGAAUAACGAUCGAAAAAAAUACGAAUGAAAAUGCUCGACAGGGAAAAAGUUAUUUACGCAUUAAGAACCAGUCGGGUUAAAUACAAUUUCAGAUUGUUAUAAUGUUUAAUUAUAACGACGCGACAGCGGCAGCAGCAACAAGAUCGCAUAAGAACAAAGAACUCCAGUGCAUUAACUACCAAUUGGUACAACAACAACAACAACCGCAGCAGCAGCAGCAGCAGCAACAACAAACAGGGCAGCAGCCGCAGUGCGACGCAUAAUUUCCUGCUUACCCACACAUAUACACAAGCAGACACCGAAGAGCGUGUGCUGUUGUGCGCGUGGGAAGGGGACGCCGUAACGGCCGGCCAACAAAGAAAAAUAUCUCCACACAGAUAGAGAGAGAGAAAGAAAGAGGGCAACGACAGCAAUUCGCGGCGCAUAAAAUGACCAAUUCGAACCAUCGCAAUCAUCGAAUCGAUCUAUAAAGCAAAAUCUAAACCAGAAAUCGAGAGAAACGACAAAAAAAUAAAACGAUUUAACAGCCAAGUUCCUGGUGCAAAGCAAAAAAAAAUAAAAAAGAAACAACAACAAAAACUGCAGUUGCAAAACACGAUAAGAGCAGCGUGUAGCAGCGACAGCGAUAUUCACAAUUAAUUGACGCUCUUAUUUGAAGAGAGCUCGCCGCAGUCUCUUAUUCAUACAUUUAUGGUUUGUUUUGUUAUAAAGCAGCAGUUAAAAGAAACAUAAGCAAGAGAGGAGAGGAGAAGUACGUGACGCGACGUACCAAAAUACGCAAUUUGUGAAUAAUUUAAUCGUGCAUUCACACGAAGACACGCAAACGACCGCGAGCAACGGAACACGUCUCUCUCUCUCUCCCUCUCACUCACUCUCUUUCUGCAGGAGUGAGCGAGUGCGAGCUAGCUGUUAAGACAUAAAACAACAACUGCACAGCAGGCGAAGGCAAGACUAAAGCGACGCUGCCGUGCGCCUGCUCGCACACUUGCGAACAACGCUUGAUGUUUGCGCGCAGUGGGAUUAGCGCUGCGCCCAAUGUGGGCAGCGGCAGAGGCAGCGCCGACGAUGGCGGUGGCGGUGGCGGCGGCGGCGUCGGCGUCGGCGUCGGCAGCAGCAGCGGUGGCACUGCCGGCAGCAUUGAGCUGCUGUGUCCGCCCAGUGGCAGCAGCAGCAUCAGCGGCAGCGGCAGCUUCAGCAGCAGCGGCGGCACCAGCACAACGGCAACUAACAGUACUAGCGUGAGCGCGUCAACGCCGGCGUCAGCUGCGGACCUGCUUGGCGACGGCGGCAGCGGCGGCGAGAACAACAACAAUGCGAAUGCCAAUCGUAAUCUGAGCUUACAACUGAGCAGCAACAACAACUAUGCGAACAACAAUAACAAUAAUAAUCACAGCACAAACCUAAUCAGCGGCAUCUGCAGCAGCAUUUGGCGCACAGCAACCUUUGGCAGCGCUGCGCCCGUCGCCAGCAUAACGGCAGCCAACAGCGGCAGCGGCAGUGGCAGCGGCAGCGCCGCCAGCGCCAGCUACUCUUCCUCCAGCGCGUCCUCGAUUUCGCCAGCCGCCGCCGACGAGGUGUGCGUUGUGGAGCAGCAGCAGAGCAGCAACCAGCGCACGGUGGCCACCAACACCAACACCAACAGCAAUGCAGCGCAGCAGCAGCGCACACAAAUACAAAUGCAGCUCGACGGGGAGCAGGACGAGCCCCAAACAUUCCUAGGCGCCACCGAACUGGACGAUGAGCUAAUCAAACAACUGCCAAAGGAGGUACUGCUGCGCGUUUUCUCCUACCUGGAUGUUGUCUCGCUAUGCCGCUGUGCUCAGGUGUGCAAAUAUUGGAAUGUGCUCGCCCUGGACGGUUCCAGCUGGCAGAAAAUCAAUUUGUUCGAUUUCCAACGUGAUAUUGAGGGUCCGGUAAUUGAGAAUAUAUCGCAAAGAUGCGGCGGCUUCCUCAAGUCGCUUUCGCUACGUGGUUGUCAAUCGGUGGGAGAUCAGUCCAUCAAAACUCUAGCGAAUCACUGCCACAACAUCGAACACCUGGAUCUGUCGGAGUGCAAGAAGAUCACAGAUAACUCAGUGACAGACAUUAGCAGAUACUGCAGCAAGCUGACGGCCAUUAACCUGGACUCCUGCUCGAACAUAACAGACAAUAGCCUCAAGUAUAUAUCGGAUGGCUGUCCGAACCUGCUCGAGAUCAACGUAUCCUGGUGCCAUCUAGUAUCCGAAAAUGGUAUCGAGGCGCUGGCGCGCGGUUGUGUCAAGCUGCGCAAGUUCUGCAGUAAAGGUUGUAAACAGAUUAACGACAAUGCCAUCACGUGCCUGGCCAAAUACUGUCCCGAUCUAAUGGUGCUAAAUCUACACAGCUGCGAGACCAUCAGCGACUCGUCCAUACGACAGCUGGCGGCGUGCUGCCCCAAGCUGCAGAAGCUGUGCGUGUCCAAGUGUGCGGAACUAACUGAUCUCUCGCUGAUGGCGCUGUCGCAGCACAAUCAGCUGCUGAACACACUGGAGGUGUCCGGCUGUCGCAACUUUACGGACAUUGGCUUUCAGGCGCUGGGCCGCAACUGCAAGUACCUGGAGCGCAUGGACCUGGAGGAGUGCAGCCAGAUAACGGAUCUAACGUUGGCCCAUCUCGCCACCGGCUGUCCCAGUCUCGAGAAGCUGACGCUGUCGCACUGCGAGCUGAUUACGGACGACGGUAUACGGCAUCUGACCACGGGCAGCUGUGCGGCGGAGAGCCUCUCGGUGCUCGAAUUGGACAACUGUCCGCUGAUAACGGAUCGCACGCUGGAGCAUUUAGUUUCGUGUCACAAUCUGCAGCGCAUCGAGCUCUUCGACUGCCAGCUCAUCUCACGCGCGGCCAUACGCAAACUGAAGAAUCAUCUACCAAAUAUCAAGGUGCACGCUUACUUUGCGCCCGUGACCCCGCCAGCCGUGACGACAGGUCACCGACCACGGUAUUGUCGCUGCUGUGAGAUUCUCUGAGAUACGGCCAUUGGCUUUGCCAGACGGAUAAUGCGCAAAUCUGCCACGGACUGAUGCUGGCCUGUGUGCAUCGUUGUGAUUGCCAUGCUCGUAAGCCUGAUCCUCAUCGCGAUGCUGUAUUCCUUCGGUCUGCUUGACAGCGUCCACUGAAUGAAGGCGGGCACCGAGAAGGCAGCAACACACUCACACACACACACACACACACACACACACACACACACACACACACACACGAAUAUAGCUGUGUAUAACUAAAGCAAGAUUCUAAUAUCGAUAAUUAAGGAUCCGAAACGAAACAAAAGAAAACAAAACAAAUUGUAACACGAAAUUCGUAGUCUUAAAUGUACCCACGCUAACUUUUAGUAUUUAGUUUGCGCGAGAGUUUCAAAAACUCAACUUCAAAAUGUAAAAUUGUGAUUAUUUUAUUUAAUAAUGCUAAGCUGUUAUGUUAACUAGACAACCUUUAUUAGUUUUUUGUUUCUCGUAUGCAUUAUGUGUAUUAUUAGAUAUUUCCUUUGUUUGUUCGUGUUUCAUUUUGUGUUUCCCUCUCACCGAAUUCUCCAUCAAUCAAUCAAUCAAUCAACCAAUCAAGCUACCAAACAUGUCUGAUGUAUGUACAUAAAUACAUAUGUAUCUAUCUACCCUGUAAUAUUCUCUGCGGGUACGCUCACAGAUUACAAACAAACACACACACACACACACACACGCAUACUCAACAAGCUUGAAGCGUGCAUGUUGUUGAUAUAAUUAUGAUUUUAAUUAGUGAGAGCAAAUGCAUAUUUUACUAUAUAACUGAGAUUUUAAUCAAGUCUAAACAUGUCGAUAGAACCACAAAGCGUUCACCAACACACACACACACACACUCUCACACACACACACACACACACACACACACACACACACACACACACCUUGCAGUCAGUGAAAACUUUAGGCUAUUUCCGAAUAACUGUUGCUAUAUUCCGGUUUUUUUUUUUUUUUUAGUGCCAGCUAAAUCAUAUUUAAGCAUAUAUUUAACCUAGAGCAUUAUACUUAUAGUUAUACUUACACACACAUACAUGCGUACGUAAUAUGUAUGUAUGGCUGCACACACAAUGUCAACGAAAUCCAAAUUGUAUAUUAAACCAGAACAAAACGAAACACAAAUAAUAAGCAUAACAAAAGGGAAA